UCUUGUGAUGGUAAAUGAUAAAUAAAAAAAAGUUUAUAAACAAAACUUCUUUUUGUAUGAAAACAAACAAGACGAUUGGCCAAGAAACUAACUUUUGUGAAUUGUAAAAGAGCGAUGGACGCUAAAAGUGAUUUUGAUGGAGCCAAAGUUAUGAGCCUAGCUACAAGUCCACUUUCGGCCCAGGCUAAUGCAGUGAGAGCUGAAACAUUGCCAUGGCAAUCAUAUUUCAGAGGCCAAAUGAUCUCGGAGAAAGAUUUUAAUGUGAUAUCUGACUUUGAUGGUUCGGCCAAAAAACAAAAUUAUGAAAUGGUUAAAUCUACUCCAGAAAAGGUUUUUUCAACAAUAUUUUCAUUACUGGGUCAGCUUGCUAAAGAUUUAAAUGUUCAAUAUCUAUUGACAUUGUUAGAUGACAUGAUAACAAAAGAUUUUGAGUGUUUUACUCUACUUCACAACUAUAAAAACAAAAAUCAAGCAUAUCCUUGGUCACCAUUCUUUACACUUCUUCAUAGACAGGACGAAUUUAUUGUUUAUCAGUCAGCUAGACUCAUUGCAAAAUUGGCUUGUUGGGGAAAGUCUCGAAUGACUCAGAGUGAAGUACGGAGUUAUUUUGACUGGCUUAAAGGUCGACUAAAUGCUGUUAAAAAUACUUACCGUGAGAGCGUUGUGGAAUGUUUUCAAAUCAUGCUUAGAAUCGAUGAAUAUCGUUUUACUUUUGUGGAAACUGAUGGUAUCACUUGUUUAGUCAUGGUUUUGGUUCGAGAUAACAUUGGCUUUCAACUACAAUAUCAAAUAAUAUUUUGUUUAUGGCUUCUCAGUUUUAAUCCAGUCGUUGCGGCAAAAAUUAAUGAGAUUAAUGCUGUUGUGCAAACACUUGCUGACAUCCUGCGAGACACAGGAAAAGAGAAAGUCAUUCGUAUAAUCUUGGCGACGCUAAGAAAUUUACUGGAGAAACCAGAAGAAAAAACGAAAGAGGCUGCACUGGCAAUGAUUCAAUGCAAACUAAUUCCUGUUAUUGCUGUCUUAGUGAACAAGACAUGGGUGGAUGAAGAUAUUGAAGAAGAUGUCCAAUUCGUUCACGAGCGGCUAACGGAAAGUGUACAAGAUUUGAGUACAUUUGACGAAUACGCAGCUGAAGUUCGGUCAGGUCGACUGGAGUGGAGUCCUGUUCACAAAUCCGAGAAGUUUUGGCGUGAAAAUUCUCAAAGACUCAAUGAAAAGAAUUAUGAAUUAAUAAAGAUUCUUACAAGAUUGUUAGACACCUCUCAGGAUCCUUUAAUUUUAUCUGUUUCUGCGCAUGAUGUUGGUGAAUACGUGAGACACUUUCCAAGGGGAAAAAGAGUUUUAGAAACUUUGGGAUGUAAGGAAUUAGUGAUGAAGAGGAUGGCGCAUAGCGAUCCGAAUGUCCGUUACGAAGCUUUGUUGGCAGUACAAAAACUAAUGGUUCAUAACUGGGAAUAUCUUGGAAGGCAAAUAAAUCAAGGAAGUUGAUCAUCAUGAUAAACUGAAUGGAACUUCAAAUUUUCAAUAUCUCAUAAUAAAUAUUUACGUAAAUUACAUAUGAAAACAAUUCGAUCUUUUUGUGAAGGGAGGAGUGGAAUUAUUUGUGCCAUUUGAAAGGAUGAUUAAAGUUUGCAUAAUAAACGA